AUGACUUCUAUAAGAAACCUGUCCCGGGCUGCAAUCAUUUUAUGUGCCAUGUGCCUUCUCACAACCUCUGAUGGAAGACCAAUGGUGAAAAGGUCGGUGAGUGAGAUGCAGCUGAUGCACAACCUGGGCGAGCACCGGCACACGGUGGAGAGGCAGGACUGGCUGCAGAUGAAGCUGCAGGACGUGCACAGUGCCCUGGAGGACGCUCGCACCCAGAGGCCCCGGAGCAAGGACGACGUGGUGCUGGGCCGCAGGCUGCUCCCGGAGCACCUGAAGAAAUCCAUGGAUCUGGACAAGGCUUACAUGGAUGUCCUCUUUAAAACAAAGCCCUAG